AUGGGUAGGGGUAUGUCGCACGGCUUCAUGAUUAUUUUUCAUAUACUUGCUGCCCUCCUCACUGUUGGCUUCCUCUCAAUAGCUAUUGCAGGCAUCCAUCUGAAAAUAUCACAGGAUUCGGUAAAAUCAACACCUUGGAUUGACUUUGGUGAAUACGAGAGUGAGGACGAAAACAUUCGUAUGUUUGCGAGCUUAGUAGCAGAAUGCUCUGAAAGGCUGACUAUAUAUUUCAUUGUGACGGCAUUCGGUUUAGCGCUUCUCUCCCUGAUUGGAUUAAUUAUCAACUGCAGUGGUUACAACAUGCUGUUUAAAAUAUAUUGCGCCAUUUUGAUUGUUCUGCUUCUUACACAAAUCACCAUUAUUGCCUUGGCCUUUCCCACUCCCAACAAAUAUGCCGACAGAUUCGUCGCCUCGAAGGCAGCUCUUCUCAAGUCCUACGGAAAUAACACCGAUGAAGGAAAAAAGGCAACUGGUUUCUGGAAUGUGCUCAUGAAGGUAUGA